GUAAACGUUUCAAUUCAGAUACCACUAUAUCAAACCAAUCUUACCUACUGCUUAAAGGUGUUGAUGAUUACCCGUUCAGUAAUGCAAUAAAUUCAAAGAGCAAAUAUCUAUUCUAUUAGGAAUCAAUCAUGUCGUCUGAAAUCCAUGUGAAAGCAGCACCUGAGCAUCCAAUUAUUGAAGAGGUGAAUGAUUCUCCGAUUGAGCAAGUGCGGCUGACGGUCCCAAUAACAGAUGAUCCAACACUGCCUUGCUUGACUUUCAGGACAUGGUUUCUCGGGAUCAUGUCAUGCAGCAUUCUAGCUUUCUUAAACCAGUUCUUUGGUUAUCGCCAAAAUCCACUAUACAUAUCAUCAGUUUCAGCUCAAAUUGUUGUACUUCCGCUUGGUAAACUGAUGGCAGCAACUCUACCGACAAAACCAAUCCGUCUUCUAAAAACGCGUUGGUCCUUCUCACUCAACCCUGGGCCCUUCAAUUUGAAGGAGCAUGUCUUGAUUACAAUAUUUGCAAAUUCAGGGUCUAAUUCUGUGUAUGCCGUCAGCAUCAUCACAAUAGUUAAGGCUUUUUAUCACCGUAAACUCAACCCAUUUGCAGCCAUGCUUCUUACUCAAACUACCCAGAUGCUUGGAUAUGGAUGGGCUGGUCUUUUCCGAAAGUUUUUAGUUGACUCACCGUAUAUGUGGUGGCCUGCCAAUCUAGUUCAAGUCUCCCUCUUCAGGGCCUUGCAUGAUGAAGAGAAGAGACCAAAAAGAGGCUUGUCACGGCUGCAGUUCUUUCUAAUAGUCCUCAUAUCAAGCUUUGCAUAUUACAUUGUACCCAAUUAUCUAUUUCAAUCCAUAACAGCCAUCUCCUUUGUUUGCUGGAUAUGGAAGGACUCGGUCACAGCUCAACAAAUUGGUUCUGGUCUCCGGGGGCUUGGAGUUGGAGCCAUUGGGCUUGAUUGGGCGACUGUCUCUGCUUUUCUUGGAAGUCCCUUAGCCACACCCGGAUUCGCCAUCAUGAAUAUACUGGCUGGUUAUAUAAUAGUUGUUUACAUUGUAAUUCCCAUUGCUUACUGGAAUAACUGGUAUGAAGCCAAACGUUUCCCAAUUUAUUCUUCUCAUGUGUUUGAUGCAAACGGAGAACGGUACAAUGUUUCAAGAGUCUUGGAUGCUGCAACCUUUUCAUUCGACCAGCAAGGCUAUACUGAUUAUAGCAAGAUUAAUCUUAGUAUCUUUUUCACAUUUGCCUAUGGUCUAAGCUUUGCCACAUUGGCUGCCACACUCUCUCAUGUGGCACUCUUCCAUGGAAGAACUAUUUGGGAGCAAACAAGAGCAUCAUUUACAGAUAAGUUUGGGGAUGUCCAUACUAGGAUGAUGAAGAAAAACUACGAUGCAGUCCCACAGUGGUGGUUCUAUUCUCUACUGAUAUUGGUAAUAGGACUUGCUCUGUUAACUUGUGAGGGUUUUGGUAGGCAGCUACAACUCCCUUAUUGGGGUGUCCUUUUAGGGAUUGGUUUGGCUUUAGUCUUCACUCUGCCAAUAGGUGUUAUCACCGCUACAACCAACCAGCAACCAGGACUAAAUGUCAUUACAGAGCUGAUUAUUGGUUACAUGUACCCCGGGAAGCCUCUUGCGAAUGUGGCCUUCAAAACAUAUGGAUACAUUAGCAUGUCACAAGCCAUUAUGUUUCUCCAAGAUUUUAAGCUAGGCCAUUAUAUGAAAAUACCACCAAAAUCCAUGUUCAUUGUGCAGUUGGUAGGGACGAUAGUCGCCUCAUCCGUCUACUUUGCAACAUCUUGGUGGCUCCUUACAACAGUGGAAUAUAUCUGUGACCCAACUAAGUUACCCGAAGGAAGCCCAUGGACUUGCCCUGGAGACGAUGUCUUCUACAAUGCCUCAAUCAUAUGGGGAGUGGUGGGACCUCAAAGAAUGUUUGGAAACUUGGGGUUAUACUCCAAAAUGAACUACUUUUUUCUUUUGGGAAUCCUUGCUCCAGUACCAGUUUGGUUUCUUUCUCGUAAAUUUCCAGAGAGAAAAUGGAUAAGGCUCAUAAACAUGCCUAUUCUUAUUUCGGGUCCAGGGGGGAUGCCACCAACUAGAGCAGUAAACUACAAUAUGUGGUUUGCAGUAGGCAUUUUCUUCAACUUUGUAGUGUUUAAGAAGUUUAAGGGUUGGUGGGCAAGGCAUAACUACAUUCUAUCCGCUGGGCUUGAUGCGGGAGUUGCAUUCAUGGCCAUCCUUUGUUAUUUCAUGCUUCAAGUUAGAGAUAUCAAUGGGCCUAAAUGGUGGGGUAUGGAGAUAGAUGACCAUUGUCCUCUUGCAGGAUGCCCGACUGCUCCUGGUAUUAAGGUUGAUGGAUGUCCUACAGUCUAUUGACAUACUCAAUCGGUGUGUGCCUUUUAUACAAUACUUUCCAUUGAUAAAAAGUUGUAUAGAUAGAAUAUAUCAAACAGUCAUUGGUAUAAUGCAUACUAUUGAUUUUGUAGACAAUUUUACAAGAUGUAGUGCGAGUAUUGUAUCUACGGUGAUACAAUCUUUAUAUGGAAAGAUGAAAAGGACUAUUACACAAGUUUUGUCAAA